AUGCGUCUCAACACAUUAACCCUCAUACUCUUUAUAACCUCAAUCACCCUUGCCCUCGCCCACUAUGGCCCAAAAGAUGCCAACCGUAUCCAUCAUAUCCAACCACGCGCCGACAACGACGCCUUCCCAAUCAAAGACAUAUUCCCAACCCCUCCUCCCAGCAUCUCUUCCCUCGUACCUUCCGGCAAUUUGAACCUUGCAGCCUGCCUAACCACCAGCAACGCCUUUUGCUUAUACGCAGCAGGCACAAUCCCCAACUGCGCAGCCACUUUACCGACACAAGCACAGAGCUGGGUAUCAAGUGUAGGGAAUUCCGUGCUGAGUUCUCUAACUGCUGGACCCGUGGCGGUCAUGUCGGCUCUGGUCAAGCAUUUUCCGCCGCUUGCUGAGGUCGUUAGUGACAAUCCGGUUUUGACUGGGGGGACGUGUUUGAUGACUGCUUCGGCGACAGUGACAGCGACAGCAACAGGGAAAAUGCAGACGCCGAAGAGUACCCCUACUGCUACUGCGACAAAGACAAAGACAGCGUCGUCUGCCACAGCAACGGCCAAGAAUAAUAUCGCUGCUGGAGCUAUAGAAGCCCCCGCUGCGGCGGCUGGUCUUGCAGGUGCUCUUGUUGUCGCGAGCCUGGGUUUUGUCGCUGCUUUGUAG